AUUUAGAUGUUCACAUGUAUUUAUUGCAAAUUAUCAUAUAUAUUUUUUUGUCUAUUUUUAGCCUGUCGAUGAAAACCUUCUGAAGGCUGAUAAAAAUAAAAAGAAAAAUGAGCCACCAAAGAAGUCUAAAAUAAUUAACAAGAAACCAACAGCUGAUGAUGAUGACACUUCUGUUUACAAUAUGGAUAAUAUUUGUAUAUUCUGUGGAGAAAGGAAUGAAAGUUUUACAGAAGAAGGACUUGAUUUACAUUACUGGAAACAUUGCCCUAUGUUAAAACGUUGCACAAACUGUAAACAAGUGGUAGAAAUAGCAACAUACACAGAUCAUUUACUCAAUGAGUGUGAGGCCAAAAAUAAUUACUCCAAAUGUAACCGAUGUACUGAAGCCAUUCCAAAGUCUGAGUAUGAUCAGCACGUGUCGGAAAAAAGCUGUAAUGCUGCCAAAAGUUCAGCCAACCACUGUCCACUUUGUCACCAGAAUGUCUCAUCUGGUGAAGACGGCUGGAAAAACCAUCUGAUGGGCAAAGAUGGCUGCAAACAGAAUCCUCGACGUCUCCUUUCACUAAAUAAAAAUCCAUCAACAGGUGGUACAUCAAAGAACAAACCAAAAGCCACAGGAAAGAACAAGAAGACUCCAAGAUAACUUUUUAAGACUAGACAAUUUAUAGUGCUAUAUUUUAUAGGAGAAUAUUAUUAUGAUAUAUAGUUAGACUAUAUAACACGAUUGUACUGAGACAUUGAUCACAUGACCAAUCUUUUGCAGGAGAAUUUUCUUGGUUUCUAUUUGCAAUUAAAUUCUUAGACAGGGAAAUAUCUCAGAUUAGGAUUUAUAUGGGAGCAGCAGCUCUGAGUCAUACAUCUAGUUUAGACUCAUAGAUAUAGCCCGGGAAUUUAGAUCUGGCUUUGAGUGGAAUAUUUUCGUCUAGUUCACAGAUCUGGGUUUAAAUCUUAGUUUAGUUUCUGAGAUCCCACUUCUGAUUAGGUUCUUGCACUGGCAUCAUUAACUCUCAUUUGUACCUCAGUAACCUAUAUAUCUGUCUGUGAUCGUCAUGUUCUUGCACUGGUAUUAGCCACUCUGAGUUGUACCUCAGUAACCCAUACCUGCCUGUGAUGGUCAGAUUUUAGAACAAGACAAGUUUUCAUACCAGUUGGAAUCCGUAACAACAGUGACUAACACAAAUUGCAAACACCCCCCCCCCCUUCCUGCACAGUGAACCUUGAACAACUUUGGUUUUGUUUCUAUACAACCUGUUAUAAUGCAUCUUUGUAAACUAUCAGAUCUCCUAAAAUUCUUGAUAAGUGUGUGUUCUGCAAAUAAGCUUCAUACAGGAAGAUGUUUUAUCUGUGAUAUAUAUAUGAUACAGUACUGUUUAUUGUUUAUUGUUGACUUUCAGAUGACUUUGUGUCUUUUGAUUGCUGUCCCACUGAUUUAUUACACUUAUCCUGUUAUUGGUAUAUCCUAAGUUGAUCACUGAAAUAAGCAUUGGGACCUCUUCAGCAACUAUAUAACUUACAAAAUUUGCUCUUAUUGUUUUAAUUCUUCUAUUUACAUUUUAUUUGUUUUAUGAGGAAGUAAAUUACAGUAUUUUUUAUCAGACUGUUUUCUAGGUAUACAGUUCCUUACUCUGCCCUUCUUAACAUAUAAGUAAUUUUUUUAAAGUCCAUUCAUAGUUAAGUUUUCUUUGGUUUGGGAGGGGUUAAAGAAAUGGUAAAGUGUUCAACCACUCAAUAUAAAACAUGAAAUGUAAAAAAAAAAGAUUAUUUAAAAACACAAAACCUUCAACUUUUGACCUUUUCGACAUGAUUUUAUCAUCAAAACAUUAUUUAUGUGACAUUUGUUACAUUUUCUUUCAAAACAGUUAAACUUAUCUGCAAUAACUCUAGUGUCGAAGUAUGGCAAAAUGAAUUUCAUCUGAUAAAAAAUUUACUACGUAAGUUUUCUUAUCUUUAUUUUUUAAAUUGAGUUGAUUUGCUAGAUUAAAUUAAAAAGAUAUUACAAGGUAGCAUAGGUUAUUUAUGGAAAAAUGAUGUUUUUUUUAAUAUAAUUCAUUCAUGAAGACCCAUACAACAAAAGGUGUUAAAUUACAGUUGUUAUGAACUAUGAAAUGAUAAUAUUUUAUGCAGUUGAUGAUGUUUUUGUAUGUGUAUUACAAUGUUGAGGAACUCCAUAUUUAUAUCUGAAAUAUUAUACAAUAGUUUAUAAGAGUUUUAUAAAGAAAAACUUGCCCUCCAAGAUGAAUUCCUCUGGUGCCAAUAGAUGUAUUGUUAAGAAUUAUUUAUGUAUAAUUAUUGAGUAACAUAUUAUAGAAUAAAGAAUCUCUUUCAUAUCAAAUUA